AGCGAGAUCCUCCCCAAUUUAAAGACAGAGAAGAGGCCGAGCCAGGCGAGAGCAGCGCCAGAUUGGUUUCCGCAAUCUCGCCUCUGCCUGUGCGCGCACUCGUCGGCUUCGUGCAAGAUGGAGUCGACGGCCACCGAUGAUCUCGCCUCGCUGGCGGCGUCCUUCCCGCUGCUGGUGUACGAUCACGGCGAGCAGCCGGACAACUCUCACACCAUGCUCUCGGUCGCCGACGAGUCCUCGCGCACCUGCCGAGUUCCGGAGCUGAGGAACAGCCGGUGCCUCGAGACUCCGUGCGGCCUGGUGCUCGUCGCGGACUCCACCUCGUCGCAGUGCUCCUUGUGGAACCCGCAGACAGGGGAGAAGAUCGCGCUGCCGGCGCUGGACAGAGCGCUGUCGCAGUUCUGCCGGUGCCUGCUCUCCGACGCGGUCUCCUCUCCGGACUGCCUCGUCCUCAUCAACGACGUCAGGCAGCUAGAGCUGUUGUUCUGCCACGUCAGGGGCGGAGAGGGGAGCGCGUGGGUCAUCCAGCCCUACGACAUUGGCUACUACACGGUGCCGGAGAGCCACUCCGCCCCCACCAAGAAGGAGAUCUGCAACAUGGCCGCCGUGCAGGGGAAGUUCUACUACUUCGUGGGGACAGUGGAUGAGGUCGGGGUUCUCAGCCUCGCUCGCGAUCCGGAGCCGCGCCUGGAGAUGAGCAGCUUCGGCGCUGCCAUGCCCAGGUUCGACGGUCACGCCGUGACGCUGGGUGCCACCAUGACCUAUCUCCAGGAGUCCUCCCAGGAGUUGUUGCUCGUCUGCCUCUUCUUCCUCGACUGCAACUUCGACCACAUCGAGGAGGUUGGUGCCUACAAGAUGGACUUCUCCAAGAAAGAAUGGUGCAGGGUGAUCGACAUCGGCGACAGAGCGUUUCUUCUUGGUCCCCAUAGCUUCGCCGCCUCGUGCUCGGCCGGGGAGCAUGGUCUGAAGAGGGGUGCGUCUACCUUGCGUUCGACUUCUUUGGGGAGACCAACGAUUUCUACAUCUUUGACCUCAGGGAAGGCACUCGUGUGAGCUCACCGGGCCAGACCAGGACGUUCCGCUUCCCGCGCGCCAGAUGUUUUGGAUGGUUCCCGUAUGCCCGUAGUGCUACUCUCUCGGUGGCGAGGAGGCGCCGCCACUGGACUUCCUUUUGCAGUGUAAGCAGCAUGUCAGGGUAAUACAAUGCUCACGGGUCGGCAUAUGUGGAUUGAAUUUGCGAUGCCUAGUUUAUCAUAGCAUAGAAGAAGCACUGGACAAAUGUAUAUGAUCACAGAACAAAGGCAUUCGGUCAGUCUAUCGAUGU